GUGAAUAUUCUCGGACUUUCUGCGGACAGUCGGCUACGUUGACAACUAUAACGAUCUGUUAGACCGAAUCUUCAUGUAUUUAUUUCUAAGUUCAUCGUUUUAAAAUGUCAGGACAGUCUCGGGACAAUGAUAACAAAUUCCGAUGAGGCUGCAGCGGCUGUGUGCUGUAAAUGAGCAUUUGGGAUAAAUAACUUAAGGACAGUUUAAUGAACUCCAGCCUCGCGCUUCAUGUUUCAGAAGCCGGUGGAUCAUUUCAGUGAAGUAGUUGAAUAUUUUUGAUUAUAUCGACACAUGGAAGCGAUGGUUCAGGUAUAGUGAUGUUUUAGGACGAGUGUUGUGAUGGGUAAAGAUUAUUACAGGGUGCUGGGGAUCGAGAAGGGCGCCUCGGAUGAGGAGAUCAAGAAAGCGUACAGAAAACAAGCGUUAAGAUUUCACCCCGACAAAAACAAAUCGCCCGGAGCUGAAGAUAAAUUCAAAGAGAUCGCAGAAGCUUAUGAUGUCCUGAGCGAUGCCAAGAAGAAGGAUAUCUAUGACCGAUAUGGAGAGGAUGGGCUUAAAGGACACGCCGGCGGCGGAAGCAACGGCCCCAGCUACACUUUUCACGGCGAUCCGCACGCCAUGUUCGCCGAGUUUUUCGGCGGCCGCAGCCCGUUCGAUCAGUUCUUCGCAUCUCAUGGGGGCGUAGAUGAUGACAUGGACAUCGACGACCCCUUCGCUGCUUUCGGAAUGGGAGGUAUGGGCGGUUUCCCCAGAUCCUUCAAAUCCCGCGUGGGCGGACACGGGUGCCGGGAAAAGAAGAAAGAUCCCCCGGUCGUGCACGAGCUCAAGGUGAGUCUCGAAGAAGUCUACUCCGGUUGCACGAAAAAAAUGAAGAUAUCGCGCAAGAGGUUGAACCCGGACGGUUGCACGGUGCGCACCGAAGACAAAAUUCUUACGGUGGACAUCAAACGUGGCUGGAAGGAGGGGACUAAGAUUACCUUCCCCAAAGAGGGAGACGAGACGCCGACCAACAUCCCUGCUGACAUAGUCUUUGUGGUGAAGGACAAGACACACCCUGUGUUUCGGAGGGAAGGCUCUGACAUCAUUUACUCUGCAAAGAUAUCGCUUAAAGAUGCUCUGUGUGGCUGUACCAUCAGCGCUCCCACCCUGGAUGGCCGAACUGUCACAGUGACAUCACGUGAUGUCAUUAAACCAGGCAUGAAGAAGAGAAUUGUGGGAGAGGGACUUCCGCUGUCCAAAUUUCCUGAAAAGCGAGGAGACAUGGUGCUGGAAUUCUUAGUGAAAUUUCCAGACAGGUUAGCAGCGGGUACUCGUGACGCUCUGGUUCAGAUUCUGCCACCAUGAUCGGUGUUUGACCACCGGAGGAGGGACUGCAAGAGCCCGUGCUCACGUCAUGUGAUCUGCCCGGUCUGAUUUACAAGAUAUUGAACUUGAAAGCAUCCGUUAGAAAUGUACAAAAUAAGUCAAGCUCGGAGAAACAUAACAGAGCUUCAGUAUGUUAAUUUAUAACCCCUUUGCUUACAAUGCAGUGCACUUUUUCAGACCACUGUGAAGCAUUUCAGAAGAAAUAUAUUGACUCGCUUACAUGAUUUUACAACCUUUAAGUCAACCUUUCUGUUUUAAUCUACCUUUUUAUGGCUUCAGGUUACUAAAUUUGUGUUUAGUAUUGUGUUUUGUUAUAUUAAAAUUUCGGUUUUGAACUUGAAACAAAAUCGUCGGGAUUGAAAAAAUUGCCAUAAAUACUUUUCAUUUUCUAAUUGAAUAUGUACCGAGCCCCUAAGGUAACAUUGGAGUAAAAAAAUCUAAAGUUUAGUUUCAUGUGCUCACGUGAAACUUUCAUGUGCAGAAUUUUUUUUUAAGUUUAGUUUUGUGUGCGCACGUGAAACUUUCGCUUUCACGUGCGCACGGGAAACUAAACUUUAUAAAAAAACUCUGUUAAAACAAAUUCGGUUUCACGUGCGCACGCGAUAGUUUCACGUGCGCACGCGAUAGUUUCACACGCGAAAAUAAACUUUAUUUAAUUUUUUCUCCAUGUCCCCUUAGGGGCUCUGUAAAUUUGAAGUUAAAUGACAGGAAGAGGAAUUUAGUAAAUUGGAAUUAAAAUUGAACUAUUAGACACCACAGGGAUUUUAAAUAUACACGAUGAUCUACGUCUAUGUUUUUUAUUUGUAAAUCUGCUUUAUGUUCUUAGGCCCAAAUUUUUUUAGACUUGGGGUAAAUUUUGGGUGCCAUUUCAAUUCAGAUAAUGAUUAUGAAUCUAAUGUUUCUGAAAAUACCUCAUAUGUUGUGUUGUGUGAAUAUUAAGGGAGUUCCCUUGCUGUCGCCUCAAGCACCAGAUGGCGCAAAGAAUGAAUGUGUGAAUAUUAACCCUUUUAUGGCUAACAUGGAAAACUAUAUAUAUAAAAUGACCUUAAUUUCUUUCAUUUCAAUUCCACUUGAAUUCUGAUAUGCCGUUGUGUGUGAGCAAUAUCUGAUUUCAAAUUCGUACUUAUGAUCUUUCAUUAAAUUUACAUGCCAUUCUCAACUCUUA